AUGGCAAACUACCGCACAAAACUUAGGAACAUUGGCUGCCCAGAGUUGAGCAUCAAUGGAGUCAAACAAAGGCGAGGUGCUGUUGGAAAAGGCCCAAACCAGGUGAAGAAGCCAAAGAAAGCGGAGGUCAACUUCUGCCCUGCUUACCCAGUAAACGAAACCAAAGAAAGCCUUGAAAAGGAAAGGGAAGAACUUACGUUAGAAGUGAAGAAGAAGAACAACAACCAGCUAAUCAGCAGGAAAAUGGAGAAAACCUUUGCCCACAGGAGACGAGAAUUAAUUGAAGAUAUGCCCUUCAUAGCUGAAUUUAAAAACAGGUGGCCAGCCCUGUUUUCUGAGAAUCAGAUAAAUGCAGAGUUUAACCGUAUUACCACCGUCCCCCUGCUGUCAACCUUUAUGGCUCAACUGGAUCAUUACUCUAGCAAACUGAUGAAGGCCUUCAAACAGAAGGGAGGUGCAGCAGGACGCAGAAUUAACUUGAUCAUGGCAGCCAUGGACCAGAGUCCGACUAUUGAAACAAGACGUGAAUGCAUUCUGAAGGCAUUAUGUGUUUACUUAAAUGAAGAACCUGACGACCUUGUUAAGACCUACAUGGAUGUUGAUGUUGGUGCAGAGAAGGAAAUGGAGAACGUUGAUUUGGCCGUCUACGCUGUGCAACACGAUGGAGCAGAGAGAGCAGAUCCACUCGAGGAUGUUGGCAUUGUCAUAGAGGGAUGUUGA